CUGUGAGUGUCCAAUCUUUUGCAAUCCUUACUAAAUCUCUGCUUCCACUUCCUGACAAAUAUCAUGGACUAACUGAUAUAGAUAAACGUUAUCGACAGAGCCAUGCCAAAGGUGAAGCGUUUCCGAAAUCCACAGAAAUCAUCACUUCAGCCUCCAGCCAAUUCUUUACCAUCAACAAAUCCUGCACCAACAAAUGAAACUUCAUCACACACUUCAAUGAGCACAACACCACCAAUAGAUUCCUCAUUGCCCACCGAGAACUCACAGCAACCUGAAACAUCUACAAAACAUGUUCGACGUGAAUCUUCAUCAUAUUGGACUGUUCAUGCAAUAGACUUAGAAGGAGUUAUCAAGAAAAUUAAGGUGAAGGUCAGAGAAGUAAAUAACUUACCUCGUGGGGAACGCAUCAUUGUGGACUUUGAUGAGUUAGGCAUGGCAAUUGGUGAAGGACAAGGCGUGCUUGCAGGAUACUGUGGUACAUUGGCAAUUGAUUGUAAUUUGUUUCCAAUUAAUUUUGAAAGAUGGUCUGGGAAAACAUGCAUGCCUGACACUUACUUCUUGGAAUGCUUUAAGGAAAUAUUACAGCCUCGAUUUUGUUUUAAGACUGGUGAAACUAGUGCACAACGGUAUUGCAAACUAACUCUUGGUAGGAAGUGGGCUGCACAUAGGCAGAAUUUAUGGAAUGAGUUCUAUGAUCCAACGAAAAGCAAAAAUGAAAUCAUAAGUAAUGUGCCAAAUGGUAUAGACAGAACUCAAUGGGCUCAUUUUGUUACUUAUCGUCUAAAACCGGAAACAUUGGAGAUUUGCAAAAAAAAUAGAGAAAAUCGCAAAAAGCAAGUAAUUCCUCAUACCGGUGGUUCUAAACCUAUGUCAAGAAGAAGACAUGAGAUGUUUUUGGAAACUGGACAAUUGCCUAGUCGGGGAAAGUUAUACAUUGAUACUCAUAAAAGAAAGGAUGGAUCAUUUGUAAAUGAUGCGGCAAAGGCUAUAUCGGAACAAAUUAAAGUGGGUUUGACUCAAAGCACUAAUGAUGAAUCAGAGGUUUCCCCUAAUGAUGUUAUUGGUAAAAUGUUAGGCCCAGAGCAUUCUGGGAGGGUGCGAUGCAUGGGUUUAGGAGCAUCUCCUACUAACUCAUUUAGAAAUACAAGAUUUCGACUUUCGGAUUUAAGCAUUGCUUCAUCUAGUGCUGCCACAUCAUCAACAUCUUCUUAUCAGUGGCAACAAAAGUACACUAAUUUAGAAUCCCAAAUUCAAACCACCUUGGGUGCACUAAAAGCCUACAUGAUAAUGAAGGAAGGAAAGAUCCCUGAUGAAUUAACUGCCUUCUUUGAUCCUCAACCACAACAAACCGGUGAUGCAAAUGAGCCUGAGUCUUCUAUGGGUACAAGAGGAUCAUCAGGAUUUGUUGGUGGAAGUGCACAUCCACGGAGGAUAAAAAAGGAAGGUGGCUGUGCCUACCAAGCAAGGUGGCGGGUCAGGGAUACUCUACUAGGGCUGGAAUCUUCUUCUGGGGCAAAAAAGCUGGAGGCCGAUCUGAUUGAGUUACCAGAGACCACCGUAUGA